GGAAUCAUACCGAGACUGGAAAGACUAACUGGACAUUUACUUACAAUCAGUGUCUCGGUAAUUGUUGUAUUGUUUACCAACAUCAAAAUGAUGAUGAUAAGUGAUGAAAUUUCCCGGCAUUGGGUGAACAACAGCAAACCUUUAAAUGUUCUUCUAUUGAGAAAAUAUUUGAUUAGAUCUUCGAAAGAUAAAAAGCCUUAUGACCCGAACUUCAAGAAGGAAACUGUGAAAAGAGUCAAAACUCCUAAAGAACCAUCUUCAAGACAACCCAUCACCUCAACGCCAAGGGUUCCUGGUAAACCAUCAACAUCUCCAAGUGCUGAAAAUAAAAAAAGUAAACCAAGAUUGACACCAACCAAAGUUUCAUCGAAAAAUUCAGUUCUAUCAUUGCAAUCAUUGCCAUCAAAUUUAUCUACUCCAUCCAAGUCAUCCAUAGUCAACAGUUCUGCUCAAUCAAAAGCAACCUCAUCUCAUGUAUCCACCCCAUCAAAGACACCGACAUCUAAUGUAUCUAAUUCAUCAAAAGCAUCUUCAUCCAAUGUGACUACACCAACUAAAUCAAAUGUCCCGCCAAAAUCAUCGGGAUCUUCAAAAUCAUUGGUUCAAUCGAGAAAAUUGUUUAAUCAUCCUCCAAAAAAGAUACCUAGAAUAGAAGAUAAUUCUAACUCUCAGCAAAACAUUAAGCAUGAUAAACCCAAAGUUUUAAGCUCCGAUUUCAAAAUACCUAAAAAAUCAAAGACUGAAACUCAGGAGGCUACCCUUAGAAAAGCAAAUGUAAACACCGAACCGGCUAGUAGAACGAGCUUAAAUGCAAUCAAUUCAAAGCCUAAUGAAUCAUCUAAGUCAGCACAGCUCUCUAUAGAUAAUGGAGAGGAUAUUGAUUUGCUGGAAACUGAAGAUCCUUCAUUAGAUUUUGAUAUUUAUGGUGCACCUGAACAAGAAUUUAUUCCAGAAUCAGUUGAAAAUUCUGGUUUAUCAAAUGAAGCAGAAGCAGAAGCUGAACCAGAGUCGGAGCAAGAGUCAGAGCCAGAACAAUCUUCAGAAAUCGAGCAAUCUAAUGAAUCAAAUGAAGCUUCUAACCAAAGUACCAAACCUUUACCUUCAUCUGACAGUGAGAGUUCAGAUGAUGAAACAAAUUUCAAGCGUAAAGGAGCAAAACACAAAGAUGAUGCAAUACAAGAGAAACCAAAAGUGAAACCUCCUGAUAGACCAAAUACAAGCAAUUUUAAGCCUAAUAUAUCUUCAACGGAAAAUUCAAUUAAAUCAAGAUUAAAUCAUUCUAAUUCUCAACAUUUGAAGCCACAUAAUACAAACCUUGUUAAUCGUGCCCAACUGCCACAGAUACCUGGUGAACCACCAAUCGAUGAAAUUCUGGCAGCAUUCGAUGAAAUUAAGUCUCCUGAUAUAGCUAUGAAACAAUUUUUACACAUUCAAACUGUGUAUCCCAAGUCAUUUAUUUUGCACAAAAGAAGAUUCCAAAGUUUAUUUAAGCGAAUAUUAAUAGAUCUUUUUCGUGAUGUUAAUUUUUUCUUUAAAGACAAUCAGGUAACUAUGAUAAUAGAUCAAUUGAGCAAACUUGAAAUGAAUAACAAUGACUAUUGGGAAGAAUUUAUCUGUACAUGGGGCAAAAAUUAUCCUCAGCUUGGCUCAAAUCUGAGUAAGAAAAAGAAUAUUCAACGAGCAAUAGAAAUUUUUUAUGCUCAUUUACAGGCAACACCGAUUCUUAUAAACCUGCCCACAGCGAAAUACUUAUUUGAAAUGAAGGAAUUUUUGGCAACCUAAUAGUUGAUUGGCCCAUUAUUACUUAAUCACGAUCACUUUUUCAUCAUUUCGAUAUUCACUAUUCACUAUCUAUUUUGCAUAUUUGUUUUUUUUCAUUUAACAGUUACAUUCUUCAAAGUUUAUAUCAUUAUCCGAAUGAGGAUGAAAUUCUAUCAAUUCAGUUGUUUGCUUUUUAGAUUACAGCUUUUUACAUUAUUUUUCUAUUAUGUCUUCCACUUAUCCAAAGAUUUAUAUUUUCAUUUACACCUUUCAAAGUCUAUGCUUACAAUCAAAUUUCAACUCUUCACUAAAAUCUAUUAAUAAUAAAUACUAUUGGUUCAAUGAAUAUUUGAGAAGACAAUAUCAAAUCUAAUGUGGAAACAAUCAUUUAAUGCUCCGAAAUACAUGAUAUUGAAAGCACAAA